AUGACAAAACCGCCGUCCUCAUUGGGCGCUACUACGCCAAGCAGCGAGACGCACUGGCCGUCAGCCAGGAAUGGACAUCGAAGCGAAGUCUGCAGAACCAGACGUCACUGCAUUUCUCCUACCGAGUCCUCUGCCAGAAGGACUACUUUGGCAACACGUGCGCCAACAAGUGCACCGCUCGAGAUGACAACUUUGGCCACUACAACUGCGGCCCCGGUGGCAAGCAGAUCUGCCACCCGGGCUGGACUGGCGAAUACUGCGAUCGACCGGUGUGCAACCACUGCAACUCCACCAAUGGCGAAUGCAUUCGUCCAAACGAGUGUCGUUGCCGAUCAGGUUGGACUGGCAAAGACUGCACCCAGUGCAUCAAGUACCCCAACUGCAAGCACGGCAGCUGCUCCAGGCCUUGGGAGUGCAUCUGCGAAGAAGGAUGGGGUGGUCUGAUGUGCAAUCUCGAUCUCAACUACUGCACCAACCACCGCCCCUGCAAGAACAACGGCACCUGCAGCAACACUGGCCAGGGCUCCUUCACAUGCUCAUGUCCGCCGGGAUUUGCCGGCGUCCAGUGCGAGAAGGUAGUGGACGUUUGCGAAGGAUCACCCUGCCAAAAUGGAGCUACGUGCAAGAGCAAUGCCACGGACUACACUUGCCACUGUCCCACCGGUUUCCAGGGCGACCACUGCGAGCAUCCUGUCAGUGCCUGUGCGAGCAACCCCUGCGACAAUGAUGGCACCUGCGUCGACGGACCCAGUGGAUACCUGUGCGUCUGCAAGUUGGGCUUCUCCGGCAGCAAGUGCCAGGUGAAGCAGAAGGACUGCCAGCCGAACCCCUGUCUUAAUGGCGGUAACUGUUUGGCCAAUUCUACUGAAUCAGGCAAAAGCGAAGAGGGGUACACCUGCCAGUGUCGGGCCGGUUUCACCGGAGACCACUGUGAGGUGAACAUCAACGACUGCGAGUCGAACCCAUGCCUGAACUCGGGCAGCUGCGUCGACGAGAUCAACUCCUUCCGCUGCCUGUGUGUGCCCGGCUUUGUGGGCGAACUGUGCCAGGUGAACGUCGACGACUGUCUGAUGAAGCCCUGCGCCAACGGCGGCGUUUGCAGCGACCGCAUCAACGACUACACCUGCACCUGCCCGCCCGGCUACACCGGCAAGGACUGCUCGGUGAAUGUGGACGACUGCGCGGCUAGGCCCUGUCUGAACGGGGGCACCUGCAGAGACCUGGUGGGCGAGUUUGAGUGCUCCUGUACCCAGCGCUACUACGGUUCUCGCUGUGAGUUCAGCAACUCCACUUUUGCCUUCUCCGAACCUCAGAGCAGCAACGGUGAUGAAGGUCCUUUUUCGAGUGGAAAGCUUCCGCUGAUCAUCUUUGGCUCGAUCUCCCUUCCACUGCUAGCCAUCAUCAUCUUGGCGGUGUUCAUUUUCUGCCGCGUCUGGCGACGACGGGAGAGUAAGAUGAAGUCGCGACGAGACGAGGAGGAGGCGAGAAGACAGAAUGAGCACAAUGCAGUGAUGAGUGGUCUGAACAACAAGUGCCUCGACCAGUGCCUCAACCCAUCUGCGGCCAAUGUCAUCGUCAACGCACUCGACCGAACCUCCUCACUGGCACACCUGAACAAGUGCGGCAGCGGCAGCUAUCACAGCCACUACAGCCACGCCAGCCAGAGCAAGGUCACCAAUGAGUACGUCUACGGGCCCCACUUUGCCCACAAGGCAGCCACUCUGCAAAAGGACGGCUACAAGACGCUGGGAGCAAACUACAAGGCACUGAACACAGAUUGCAUGCAACAGCAGCAACAGGUGAAACUGUCCUCAGCCAUGUCCUCAAACAUGGACGACCCGUACAGUCACACCUACGAGCAGCUGCAGAAGCCGUCGAAGAGUAAUCUGCUGACCAACAACCUCUCCAGUCAGCAGAUCUACCAGACGGUGCAUGCACCGAAGCAGUCAAACCUGGACAUCUACGCCAGUCAAACGGUGGCCAUUUGUCCUGAGAAAAGGUAA